CUUCCUGCACUUGCCUCCACAUGCCGCAUAUUUGACCCAGCACUUGACGUUCUUUGGAGGAAUUUGUCUUCCGUGGAGGCCCUCACCAGAUGUAUGCCAGGUGACCUGUUUACCGUUGAGCAAGGAUGCAUGGUACUACAGAAACCUCCUGACGACAAGAUGUGGGACACUCUUUGCAAAUACACGUCCCGCGUACGCUCGAUCAGACAAAUAUAUCACACAUCUAUCGAAGCUCUUGGGUCGAUACUGUUGUCUUGUCCUUUGGCACCCACAUCUUUGUUUCCCAACCUCCGUGAGCUAACAUGGCACGCCAAUGGAACUCGCGGCGCAGCAGAUUUCUUGCGCAUGGCUCUUGUGCCUACCCUACUGAUCCUGGAUGUGACGGUUUCUUCAGUUUCAACUUCCCAUGCAUUUCUCUCGGUCCUUUCGUCUCUUGGGACCUCGUGUCCUCACCUCCAGAGCUUG